UUUGAGUGUAUUAUAAUUUUGUGAUAAAAAUUUCAAGGAAAAAACACACACAACCUCCUUCCUCCCCUUCCUUCGGGGAGGGAAGAGAGUGAGCGUGGAGAGAAAAAUCUUUCUGAGACAGAGCAAGGACAGUGAGAAAAAUAUAUGAGUGGGAGAGGGAGAAGAAGGGGGAGGAGGAGGAGGAGGGGGAGCAAAUUAAAAGUUGCCAAAUGGAGAUAUUGGGUUUCAAGAGGAGUGAGACAGGAGUAUGGGUUUGCCUCUUUUUCAGUCGUCUUUAUGUUAUGCAAAUGGCAAUAAAUAUUUAUGGUUCCACGCGGUUUAGUUCGCUAGGUCCGUCGGCGAAUUCAACCCGUUUUGAAAUAGGUUGGGAAACGACACCGUUGCUAGCUCGUCGAGAAGGCCAGUGUUCACGGAGAAACGCUAGCUUAAAUCCGCUAGCCAGCUAAGCUGCUUUUCCUAAGCGUCAGGUUCUUUUCGUUAACGGCAACGUCAAAAUUCAUCUGUUCCGCGACUCUAGAGAAAUGUGACGUUUGCCAUCCUGCCAGAUGAGCUAAACAGAAGACAAAUGGUAGCUUCUGAAACCCCACGUCCACCUCUCUAGAAAAAGAGACCGCGUCAGCGACAAUCUAUAACUAGGCUGAGGCAGCUAGCUAACUGUUACGUACUGUACUCGCAUGAGAUUAUCAUUGUCUGUCGAUUUGGUCUAUUUUUGGAUGUAAAAUCGCAAGCUACAUUUCCAGGAGGGGGAAAGCAGCAUAUUUGUUGCUUGCCCUCUUGACAAACUACUGAGAGGGAAUUGGCUUUUACGGAAGCGUUUGUAGUGUCGAAAUAAACCGAAUCCUUUUCACGGACCGCAUUUUAAAUUGUUUUUUGAGGGUUGCUACGUCUACUUUUCCGCCCCCUCUGAUCAUCAUCUUAAGAGGGCAAGGAAAGGAAAAUUGGUUUCCACCUCCCUUUUUAUUUGUCUAACACUGGACCAUCUUAACAGAUAACGUUAGCAUGCGGAAAAUAUGUGAAAUGGCUAGCUAAAGAGCUAGCUAGCCAGUCAUGAAUGUUGUUACCUACUCACUGACCCAUUUUGUGUGUUGCUGACAUUGGGCUCUUUGUUAAAGGUUUCCUUUGUAGUAAAUAACAUUAACCUGCCCACCUUAAGUGUAACUCUAUACAAACUGACCGUAAGCGAGACAUAUUUUACUUGCAGUCUUUAUAUAGUCGGACAAUAAGAAAACUGGUGUUAGCCAACGAAAAGAGCAAUCAACAUGUUCUGUUUCUGAUCUUUGUUUUGCUAAAUAAAGAAAUGUUGCAACGGUGUUUGGUUUUAUUGCAAACAAGAAAGCGAGUCUGUAGGUUUUAAAACAUGUGAAUGAACUAGAUUAAUUGGGGUGCAUGGACACUGAUACUUACUAGCUGCCUGCCAGCUUGCUGACUAGCGACAGAAAAACAAAAUAUUCAGCUAAUUAGCCAAACUAUUGCACCGCCUUACUAUGGUGCUUGUGGUACUUAGGUUGCCGAAUGCAACAUUUGCGAUAUUUCAACUGGAUAAUUUAUUUUUCCACCCUUUUUAAUGCCUAGGGAAAAGGCUUUUAUGGGGAACCCCGUAGUCCACUGCAUUCUCAACAUGUUAGCAAUACUUCCAAACUAUCGAUACGUUAGUCACAUCAAGACGAAUAUCUUUAUAUUUUAAACAUUUAACGCUAUGUUUUUCUAGAAAAAAUAUAGUAUGUAUCAUUUUUGAACUGAUAAAUGUUCGAUGACCCCCCCCUUUCUUUGUCGCCGGCGUUGAGCCAAAGUGAGUGUCGCAGUGUGAAAACAACAGCCGCCAUUUUGAUAUCAAAAGCUUGUGUUAGUGAAAGGGACUAGAAAUGUUUUGUUUAAAGCUAACACUAAAGCAAGUGAAGUGUCAGUAAUAUGUAAAUGUAGGCUUCCUUGGCGAAGUAACAUUUUUACAGUUACUGCUCUAUCAACAGUUGUUACAUGAUUUUUUUUUUUAACGUUUUAUGUGAAGGCACAAUUAUCUCCCUCAUUUACAACCUACUCAUCCAGUAACAAUUGCACCAAGUUAUGUACAACACUGCAAUUUUGACGUUUCCAAAUCACCCCUUGUGUGUGCCCCCACAACCACACUACAACGAAUCAUAUUUUUCCUUAGUCCAUUGUCAUAAUCUGGUGUUAAUUGCUUGGAACUAGGCUACCACAUAGUUGCUGCUGUGGUUGGACUUUCACCAUCUGACCGGUUAAAAUACUUCACCCUAGUAUUCAUUUGAGAUUUGCUUACAAACUUUCCACAGCUCAGUUUCAAUAUCAAUAAGCAAAAGCAUAUAUUGAUGUUCAUUGUGGGUUUCAACCUGUCCCAAAGCACAGAACAGCCACCUGAAUACAAUACGAUCGAAAAACAAACAAAUAAAAAACUAAAAAUUAGUGAAAUUAUAGUCCAAGGGUCAUAAUGAAAACAAUGUGGUAUUUGUACUUUUGACACUCGUUUGGAAACGGGUCUGGUUAAAGCAUGCCAGAAAAGAAAAAAAAAACAUUUGAAAGGGGAUACACUUUUCAACCUUUUCACAGCAUUGUUUUAGUUCCUUGAUUAGAAGUAAUAACCUUGUGGAAAGCCAUAUUGCAAUUAGUGAUGUGUAAAACCUGAUGGUGGAUCUACUUCUGCUAGAACUAGUCUGAUGUCUGUGAAAUUGCCUUCUCAGGUGUCAUGGACGAUGAAGAUGAUCGGCGUCUUCUGGAUAUCAUAGGAGACGUGCAGGCUUUGAAUGACUAUCUUCACGGCUCUAAUACCAAGACGAUUGAGGAGGAGGAUGUGACAAAUGCAGCAUUUGGCAACUCUAGCUCUUUUUUUACCGGUGGCACAGGUGGAUCCAGUGCCGGAUUUAAGGACAACACAAAUCGUCUGGGGGAGUUCAGCGAUGCCAGUGAGGCUGGCCUGCAGCUCUCCAACAGCCUGCAGUUCAUCGAGGAUGAGCUGGGAGGGGACGCGUCGCCUGGCGCAGUGGACCUCGGGGGUGAGGACCAACCUUUCGACAUCCUCCAGAAAUCCCUCUUGGAGGCGGACAUCACCGAGCAGACGUUGGCACAGGAGGCUCUGCUGGACUCUCAGCCCGCUCCUGUGCCCACCACCACUGCCGCCACCUUCCCCCAGCAGCUGGUCUCGGGGGGGUUCGGUGGUGGGGCAGGGGUAGUUGCCCCAGUUGCUCAACCUCAGGCUUUCAUCCAGCAAGUCCCCCAGUUGCCCAUGCCAAACGGCCCUACGGGGCACAUUCAAGUGCUGGGGUCUUUUAACGGCAACACACCCUCUAUGAUGGCUAUCAACAGCCUGGAGCGCCCCCAGAUAUUGCUGAGGCCUACUGGGAACGCAGUGACAAGCACUAGCAACCAGGGGGCAGUGUUCGCCCCCACGGCCACCGGCCAGGUAUCUAUGCCCUUCAAGGGUUGUGGGACAACCAUACCUGUCCAGAACAUUAUCAUUCAGAGGGGACACACUCCUCAGACAUUGGUAAGACCCAUUCAGCCCAAACCCUUGCAGCCGGGGGGACAAACCGUGUACAACAUUAGCAACCUGGGCCUCCAGCCCAACACCACUGCCCCCAUCAACCCCGGAAGUGGGGCUUACACGGCCAGUGGUUCCCCACAGGCGUCUCAGCAGGUGAAGGUGGUCAGUCAAGCCAGCAGCAUUGUGGUUCACUCAACCCUUGGUCAGCAAGGUCAACACCAACACCAACAUCAACACCAACACCAACAACAGCAGCAGCAGCAGCCCCAGGGGAGUGUGUCAUCUGGGCAGUUCCUUACCCUCACCCCUGGAUCUUCAGUGCAGGGCUUCCAGGCUGUGAAUGGACAGGUGUUGCAAGCCAACACGCAACCGGUGGACCAGGCCUCCUCGAACACCACCACCACCACCACCUACUCCAUCUUGCCCAAUCAGAGCGGAGCGGUCCAGCUUAUUGCCGGGCAGAACUUCACAACCACCGGUGGGCAGCUCAUAGUGAAUCAGGGGAUGGUGGCUGCAGCGGGGAACACAGUAGGGCAAAUGUCCCCAAACAUGGUGACCCAAGUCCCCCAAAGGUCGAGUGGCGGCAUCACCACCAAAGUCUGGACGGGGGUCACGGCCAGUUCAACGUCCAGCCUGGCACCUGUCCAGGUCAACCCUGCUCAGACUCGGCUGACGUUGGUCAGCUCGUCGGGUCAGGGCUUCCAGACGCAGCAGCAGGUGACAGUGGGCCCGGCACAGCGCCUCCUGGUGCCCGUGGGGCAGAAUGCAUCGGGGACCACACAUGGCAAUAUGCAGGAGAUGCAGUUUGAGAUGCAGGCAGUGCCUUUGAGUCAGGAGUCCUCCAGCGCUCAGAAAGCACAGCCUCAGUUGGUCAAUCUUCUUGGUACCAAAGCUGCGCAAACAAUGACCUCCAUCAAGCAGGAGUCUCCAUGCCUGGCCAGCACACAGCUCAACCAGCAAAAGAGGCCGGCACCCCAGCAGCUCACCAGAGGAGGAAUGAUCCUGCAGCAGUUGCGACAGGACCAUGAUGACGUUUUGUCCACAGACCUGGCUCCUUUCAACUGUCUCGACGAUGUCAUGUACAGACUGCUGCCCUUCCAUGUGUUCCAGGGAGCCCGACCCAGCGAAGAGGAGUUUGCUAAAGUGGAUGAGGAGUUUGAGGCAGUGGCCACACAGGUUCUGAAGAGAACUCAAGCCAUGGUGAACAAAUACCGACGCCUUCUGAUGGUGGAGGCCGAGCGAUCAAGUCCCUCUUCUGAGAUGGUGAUGAUCGACAGAACUUUUAAUCAAGAGGAAAGGAGCAACUUGACCCAGGACAAACGCAUGGUUCUGGUAGACCCAGACGGAUUCUUGGAGGAUUUCUGCUGCAUGCCCAGUCUGCCAGCCCCAAGCACCACCCCCCGGGUGGACCCAGCCUGCCUCAGCAGGACCCCAUCUCUGGGGCCCCCCUCUUUGGGAUCCCCCUCCUUGGGGUCCCCCUCGCUGGGGUCCCCCACCAGCUACCCUGGCAGACCCAGGGGGCAAGGAGGAGGAGGAGGGGAGGGUCUAGGCCGGCCCGUCACAGCGGCACAGGACUCGGGUUACAGGACAGAGUACCAGCCAGGUUUUGAGGACCCGGGUGGGGGGGCAGAGCAGGGUGGCGGCGGCGGGCACUUGGCUGCAAAGAACAUUCUAGAAAUGAAGAAGAGCCAGAGGUGCAGCAACAACAAUGUGAUCAUCAGCAGUGGCUACCACCAACCCCAACACCCGCAACAACUCCAACACCCACACCCACAUCCACACCCACACCCACAUCCACAUCCACAUCCACAUCCGCACCCGCACCCCCACUACCAGGUCACUCACUCCUCCCCCCCAAGCUCCGCCCAGCACAGCUCUGCCCAGCUACAGGCGUCUGGCCAGGGACGGGGCCACGGACAAGCCCCGACUCCCGAGCACGGCCACCAGCCAUUGGUCGAAACGGACUCUGUGCUGGAGGCUGCGGUGAAUAGUAUAUUAGAAUGUUAGAUUGUGCCAUAAGCUUUUUUUUGUUGUUUUGUUUGUUUAUUUGUUUUGUUUUUGUUUUGUUUGUUCUUGUAUUUAUCGGUUCUAUUCUCCUCCCUCUUUAUCACAUGUUCUUUCAUGAAGGUCAACAUUGUGAAGCUGCACAGUCGAUGGCCUGAAUAAGGAUGGCAAGAGUAGGAAGUGGAACGGGAUGUUGAGCGUGGUAACACAGACGUGCCCGUCACAAGUUCUUUUUUUGUCCCGGUGAAAUUGACUUGAAGAUGCCUUGGGUUGAAAACAUUUUCCCACAGAAUGCUGCCAUAUAUGAACACCAACACACACAUAGGCGCACAAGUGAAAGAGUGUGUGUAUUUGUGUGUUUGCCACUUUGCACACAAAGUCGUCGUGUGGGUGCGCUGUAUAGGAUAUCAGAUCUUAUUGAGCCAGUAGGUGAUUGUUAUUAGUGAAUGAAAAGGUACACGGUCUUCUUUAAACAUUUCCACUUUUUCCACUCUCGUGGGAUCAGUGAUCCUCAAGUUUCCAAACAGUCUUUCAAAUUGUCUUUUCUUUUCAAUCAGCUUCUAAAUCAUGUUCAUUCAGGACAGCCAUGUCGUUGGUGAUUGUGUUCACCAUGUGCUAGAGGUCUUGAUUCUCUGUUGACUGUGGAGAUGCCGGUUUGGUCUUGUCAUCUGACGUCAGCUACGGUUGAUAACAUGAGCAGAAGCAACAGCACUUUGGAUCAGAGUUAGGAAAGAACACCAACAACUCAAUGUUUAAUUUCUUUUACUUUGAAGAGAGAGUUUUUUACUUUCUGUGUUGUGUAAUUUUGUUUUGAUCUGGCAUUAAUAUUUUUUUGUACCUUAAAGGUAUAUAAUCACCUGCAAAGACAGAAAUUCAGUGACAUGGUUUUUGUGCAGGGAAGGGUAAGUCCUCAGAUUGAGGUUGAAUAUGUUACAAAGUUCAACAUGUUAGUUUUUUGUUUUGUUUUUUAAAGUGAUAUUUGCAAGAAAUUUGUUGCUUUUUUGACAGCACUGCUGCCCUGCAGUUCUGGCUUAUAGAUUGGAAAACACGCACACUGGGUGUUGUGAUAUGUUUAGGAGCCUUCUGAAAUGGGGCAAUUAUGUCUUUCGUUCUUUUCUGGAAGUUUUCUUUAGGUUCUUUUUUGUUUUCUGAACGAGUGCCCCCCCUGCUGGUCAGGUUCUGGCCUCUUGGUGUCAGGCUGUGAAGAAGUCUUGUGCCCUCUAGUGGUAAAGCUCAGUUGCACACACAUAUACGCUCACAACAUAGGAUGCAUUCAUUCAGACGAUGCUUUACAACUUCAAGGCUACAUCUAUGAUCAUAAGUGUGAGUGUUGUGACUGAUCUUACUGGCUAUGUAAUUCUCACUAUUCAUAAGGAUGGCAAUGGAGGAGGCGGAGGUUUAAGCUGGAGAGAAGAUCCUCGAAAUGUUUUGCAAUGACAACAUUCUAGGAGGAACCCCUUUUUUCUCUUGGCUAUUUCAGCAUUUGGUGAAUGGUGGAGAAAAAAUGUUUUACUUUGCCUGUCUGGUUGUGUCUAUCGUAUUACGCAUAAACAUUCUUCAACACCCCCCCUAUCCCACCCCACUGUCCUCUACACUACAGUCUGUUCUUUUAGCCAGCAAUUCUACCAAAAAUGACUGAGAAGAGAUGUGCAUCUGUGAACUAUGCUCUAAUGUACCAAGAGCACUUUUGAAGACCUUAAGUUUGAAGGGCUUCCUUGCCUUAGGUGAGCGCAAGUGGAAGAUAUGUACAUGUUUGCAUAUUGUUGUUUUUGCGCUGCUUUGUUAUUUUAUUUUUGUUUCGUUUUUUUUGUUGGGUCGAGCAAGAGUGGCCUUCAAAUUACCCCACAGCAUCUGAGUUUUGUUUUGUUUGUUUGUCUUUCAACAUUUCAUUUUCUAUCAGUAUCACUCGAGACUUUUUUUUUUUUACAAAAUAAAUAAAACGUGAAACACAAGAUAUUUAUAAUUUUUGUAAAAAAAAAUGAAUAUAAAACAAAAACAAAAGAUGUUAUUUUUAUUAUUUUGGUUAUGGCGUGUUUAUGUCAAAUCAAUGUUAUACUGUCAGUUCUCAAUUUUUUUUUUGUGAGUGUUCACUACAGCAGAAGAGAAAAAAAAAAACAAUAUUAAAUUCAUUUUUGAAUACUGUCA